GAAGGAAACGUGCGUACAGUACAUUGCAUCCCUGGGAUCCAGUCCUUUGCAAUCGCCCGGCCCCUCCCCUCCUUCGCCCUGCCCUCUGGUCUCCUUUAAGAGGAGGAGCUGGGCCGGGAAGCUGGGAGGUUAUUUGGAGCCCAUGUGACGCGACGCUGCUCGGCUUCUUAGUAGCGGAGACUCUGGCCUGGCGUCGGAUUCAAGGCGGGGAGCGCUGGGAGUGAAGGCGAUCCGAGAGACCCGGGGCUUCGCUGCCUUCUUCGUCGUUCACGGGGUUUGCAACCCACCCCGAGGUACAGGCUCCGAGCUCGUGUGCAUGCGCGCACAGAGAGAGAGAGAUUUGCAAUAUUGCUCGCAAGACUCUUUGGCCGCUUUGUUCAGGGUAGUAGGAGGAAAAAGAACCCAACUGUCCUGCAACAGCAGAUUUGACGCUAAGCCUUAUUUUGCAACCCCCGCCAACAAAACCUCUGAUCCGUCAGCAGGCUUCGAGAGGACUUUAAAAAAAAUCUACCUCGGAAUGGUGUGCCCCGGAUUUGUUGGGAGGCGAUUCUGACGGGAUCUCUCGUAGCAACCUGUGAGUGCUUGAAUGACACCCAUGCACAGCCAGCGCGAUUGAUGAGCCUGCUUUGGGUGCCUAUUAAUAGACGGUAGAGAUGGGGCAGAAAGUCACCGGCGGGAUAAAGACUGUGGAUAUGAGGGACCCGGCUUACAGGCCCCUGAAACACGAGCUCCAGGGGCUGGAUUACUGCAAGCCGACCCGCUUGGACCUCCUCCUAGACAUGCCCGCCGUCUCCUAUGAGAUUCAGCUGCUGCACUCGUGGAACAACGACGACCGAUCGCUCAACGUCUUUGUGAAGGAGGACGACAAGCUCAUAUUUCACCGGCAUCCGGUGGCCCAGAGCACAGAUGCAAUCCGGGGCAAGGUGGGCUACACGCGGGGUCUCCACGUCUGGCAGAUCACCUGGGCGAUGAGGCAGCGCGGCACGCACGCGGUGGUUGGCGUGGCCACGGCGGAUGCCCCCCUGCACUCGGUGGGGUACACGACGCUCAUCGGGAACAACCACGAGUCGUGGGGGUGGGACCUCGGGCGGAACCGGCUGUACCACGACGGGAAGAACCAGCCCAGCAAGACAUACCCAGCCUUCUUGGAGGCCGACGAGACUUUCAUCGUGCCAGACUCGUUUUUGGUGGUGCUGGACAUGGACGAUGGGACCUUGAGUUUCAUCGUGGACGGACAGUACAUGGGGGUUGCUUUCCGGGGACUCAAAGGGAAAAAACUGUACCCGGUCGUGAGCGCCGUGUGGGGCCACUGUGAAAUUAGGAUGCGCUACUUGAAUGGGCUUGACCCCGAACCUCUGCCUCUGAUGGACCUUUGCCGGCGCUCCGUCCGCCUCGCUCUGGGCAAGGACCGCUUGAAUGAGAUCCACGCACUGCCACUGCCAGAAUCCCUGAAGAGCUACCUUCUCUAUCAAUGACCCUCUCAUUUUGGGGCGGGAUGGACAGACACUCUCGCAAGAAGCAAAAGAGAGAGAUGGAUUGAUUGGACUACAGUAUUCUUGGAUAUUAUAUAUAUAUAUAGACAUACAUCAAACUUUCACUCUCCUGAUCUGCUUCAGUCGAUCCCAGCUUGGAUCCACUCCCUCUCCCUAUGCCAAAGUAGGGGGUCGGGGAGAGAAACCUACAAUACAUGCCUUUUGAAGAGCCCAACCUACUUAAAAAGCCAUGUUCUGCCCUCCAUAGAUCUCUGUUGCAAGAAGCCGACAUGAUGCAAUUAAAGGUACCAGGUGCUCAGAUGGCGGUACAAGAUGGUUUGCCACGGACCUGAGGAUUUAAUUUUUAUAUAUAUAUAAAAAAACCUGCCCAGCAACACUUCAAGGAGAAGAUGAUGACACCAAAAAUAUUGCUCCGUGUGGACGUGUGUUUUUAAACGAUACUGGAAUAGGCAGCCGUUGUGGGUGUCAAAGAAAUGUCUUAUGCCCUGUAUGCGAAUCCUGCUCCUCUUUAAUUUUGAUUCUGUGUUGGCCUCUGCCUUCAGACCACUCAAAUUGCUUGCCUUUCUUUUCUUUUUCUGGGAAUUCACUUGAACCUGUAGCUUGGGAGUUGGAGAUAUGGGGGGUUACCAUGGGAUGAAGCUCCAGGAGCUCAGGGUUGGAGACCUUGUGGGUCAUCUGGAUGUUGUUAUGCUACAUCUCCCAUUAUGCCUGAUCACUGGCCUCAGUGGCUGAGGCUGAUGGGCGUUGGGGGGUCGACCAGCAUCUGCAGGGCCACUGGUUCCCUAUACCUGCUUGUGAAACAGCUAGAGAGCCCACCUUGGGCUAGGAUGUGGUUGUGAGUGAUGAAGCCUCAAGAAUUUGCUCUCCUAGACUGGCUUUGCCUUAAGUUCCUUGGCAAUACUCCCAUCAGCUCCCCCUCUUUAGCCAAGUCUUGGUUUUAGUUUAGUUGACCUGUGACAUGGGUUUAGAAAUAGGCAUGGAGUUGUCACCCAGCAGCAUCUGAAGGACCGCAGUUUAGCCACCCCUGAUUUAAAAUCUGGGUGAUGCCUGGGUUUAUCUCCUGCUUUCUUAAGCCAGCCUCCUUUGCCAUCACAUUAUGUUGGUCACAACCAUUGUCGUUCCAGUCCUGUUGGUGGGAUAUGGAGAAAGAUUUGGCCAAGCCAAUGACUAUAGUUUUCUUUGUAGUGUCUGCUCCUAUCAGAUUAUUUUUUCAUCAAAAGAGAAUUCUCCAUCUUUGCCUCACCCUGUCCCUGAACACAGCUAUCUUGUCAGGCUACAUUCUUACCGCACAUUUAAAGCACGAUGCUACCAUGUUUAAUAGUCAUAGCUCUCCCAUCAAAGAAUUCUGGGAGCUGUGGUUUGUUCAGGGGGCUGAGAGUUGUUAGAAGACCCACCCACCUCAUUCCCAGAGUUCCUUGUGAAGAAGGAAUGAUGGUUAAUUCAUUCUGGGAGAGAAAUAGGGGUCUUCUAACAACUUGCGGCACCCUCGAUAAACUACAGUUUCCAAAAUUCUGGUGGGGGACAGGGGAAGCCAUGACUGUUGAAAGUCGUGUCCUAGUGGUCAAAUGAGUGUUUUGAAUGUGGCCCUAGAAUAUCAGCUAUGGAUUGACCUUAGCACAGAAAGAGAGCUGAAUCUUGUUGGGAGAAAACAUGCCCCAAUUUGGUGCAGGUCAGGAAGUGUCACUGUCCUUGAAGACUCAGAGUACAUCCUCCAUAUGCAAGGCACACAAGGUUUUCAUCUAGAAGAGCAAAUGUUCUCCUUUAUCCGAGCAACCUGAAGGCCUUCCCCCAAAAGCUUCUGAACUGCCAUCACAGAGGGGUUUAUUUGCACUUUUUUUUUUCCAUUAUGGGGGAGGAAAACAAAUCUGCCUCUCACUUUCCCACCCUCACCAUACUUGUGUCGGGUGUGUUCUGUAUAGGUACAAAUGAGCUUAUUUGUUAGAAAAUGUUAAUAUAUAUAUUUUUUUGGGGGGGUUCUCCCCCCCUUUGUAUAGAAAAGGACUGUUUGAGGGUUUUUUGUUUGUUUGUU